AUGGCUUCAACGAAUACCAAAUGGGUUUGGACUCUUUGUGUUUUGGUCACAUUGUCAAAUGUGGCUUCUGGCUGCAAUGAUUGCCCUUUCGUGCCGAUACCCCAUUGUAGUCAGAACUAUACCGUGCAGGCUGGAGAUACGCUGACGAGUAUCGCUCAGAACUACCAUCUCCAAAACGCCGCUGAUUUGGUUCCUCUCAAUACUGGUCUGCAUAUUGACGAAGCCAUCUUUGCAAACAACACGCUCUGUGUUUGUGGAGCAAACGGUUGCCCAAACCCGUUAGCCAACUGCAGUAACAUUUACACGGUCAAAGCAAACGAUACUUGCGAUAGUAUUGCUAUAGCACAUGAUGAACAAGGUGUAAACCCCGGCGACAAGCUAGUUUCGUUAAAUCAGCAGUUAUUCCAGGUCGCGCUGGACUGUGCCAAUCUCAAAGCAGGCACCCAACUUUGUGUAGAUUGCUACCUAACGGGAACAACAACAACCUUACCGUCACCAUCUAAUUCACCAGCCGCAUCAGCUUCCCCAGUACCACCAAUAUUAUAUUCCCCAACAGUACCAAGCCCGACUCCAUCACCUGUGGUAUCUGCAGAUCCAUUACCUGCGCCAUCACCUGUAGCAUCUGCAGAUCCGUCACCAGUAGCUGCAUCAAACCCUCAAACUGCUAUAUUAAGUGCUACUGGAGCUCCAGCACCACGCUGUUGUGAAAAGAGAAAAAGAAGGAAUAGGAGGGUCUGA